AUGUCGCCUCCUCUCGUAGUUGAUAUCCACACCCAUGUAUACCCUCCAGCGUACAUGGCGAUGCUUCGUGCGCGUAAGACCGUACCUUACGUCCAUGAUCCCGCCGGCAGUGCAACGCCCCGUCUAAUCAUCUUGUCGUCCGACGACGACCCCUCCAUUCCGAUCAAUGAGCGAGGCCGUCCAGUGGAUUCAUCCUACUACGAUAUCAAUGUCAAGCUUGCAUUUAUGCAGCAGCAUGGCAUCGACUGCAGCGUGAUCUCCCUUGCGAAUCCAUGGCUGGACUUCCUCGCCCCAAACGAGGCUCAAGAAUGGGCGAAGCGAAUCAACGAUGAUCUGGAGUCUACUUGUGCACAGGUAAACAAAGACACGUCUUCCUCGCAAAAGAAGAUCUUCGCUUUUGGUACAUUGCCAUUAAGCGCCCCUACUCCAGAGGUGAUCACCGACGAGAUCAACAGAAUCAAGACCCUUUCCCAUAUCCGCGGCGUGAUUAUGGGCACUUCUGGGCUAGGUAAUGGUCUGGAUGACCCUACUUUAGAUCCAAUUUGGGCCGCGCUCGAGGAAACGCAGCAGAUGAUGUUUCUACACCCGCACUACGGCCUGCCUGACGAGGCCUUCGGUGGCACCGAGACAACAAAUCGUUACGGACAUGUCCUUCCCCUAGCGCUGGGUUUCCCACUUGAGACAACCAUUUCCGUAACUCGGAUGCUGCUCUCCGGUGUCUUCGACCGCUUUCCCAAGCUGAGCAUCCUGCUGGCUCACUCGGGUGGUACCCUCCCAUUUUUGGCCGGGCGCAUUGAGAGCUGCAUCAUGCAUGAGCGGCAUUUCGUCGCGAAUGGUGGCUCUACGCCUGGUCCGCAGCGAAGUGUCUGGGAUGUUUUGCAAACCAAUAUCUACCUUGACGCGGUGGUAUAUGGCACUGCCGGCCUGAAGGCGGCUGUCGCGGCUGCUGGGGGGAGUACGGAUCGACUAAUGUUUGGUACCGAUCAUCCCUUCUUCCCUCCGCUGAAUGCGGAGGAUAAACAAUGGGCCAGCGUCACGACGAACUACAAGGCCAUUCAAGAUUCAUUCGGUGAAGACAAAGAAUCCGUGGCUGCAGUCCUAGGUGGGAAUGCCGCUCGUAUUUUGAACCUAAACUAA